CUGUUCGCUGUGCGCUCGUUGCGUCUCUCCUCUCUGUCCGCUUCAAACACAUAUUCCACUGGGAGGGAGAGAGAGAGGGAGAGAGGGGGAGAGAGAGAGAGAGAGAGAGAGGGAGAGCAGGACCUGUGAGAAGAGCAGCAAAAGAAAAGAGGAGAGGAAACACGGAACAACGACACAAAUGGCACUCAUGGCAGGGAUUUUGUUCACGGCCACCUUUCUUGUUUUUGGGAUUUCUACGUUUGUUUCGCCGGCACGGAUAUACCCCCCCAAUGAAGUCACGUUAUUGGACUCCAGAUCCGUGCAGGGGGAGCUGGGAUGGGUGGCCAACCCCACAGAAGGAGGGUGGGAGGAAGUGAGCAUUAUGGAUGAAAAGAACAUUCCCAUCCGGACGUACCAGGUGUGUAACGUCAUGGAGCCAAACCAGAACAACUGGCUUCGCACUGACUGGAUCCCCCGAGGCGGCGCCCAGCGCGUCUACAUUGAGAUCAAGUUCACCCUGCGGGACUGCAACAGCCUCCCGGGUGUCAUGGGAACCUGCAAGGAAACCUUCAAUCUGUACUACUACGAGUCCAACAACGACAAGGAGCGCUACAUCCGCGAGAACCAGUUCGGCAAGAUUGACACCAUCGCCGCGGACGAGAGCUUCACCCAGGUGGACAUCGGCGAUCGCAUCAUGAAGCUGAACACGGAGGUCCGGGAUGUGGGGGCCUUGAGCCGAAAGGGCUUCUAUUUGGCCUUCCAGGACGUCGGAGCGUGCAUCGCGCUCGUCUCCGUCAGGGUCUUCUACAAGAAGUGCCCGCUAGCGGUGAGGAACCUGGCCCAGUUCCCCGAUACCAUUACCGGAGCCGACACCUCCUCUCUCGUGGAAGUUCGUGGCUCAUGCGUGGAUAAUUCAGAGGAGAAGGAGGUUCCGAAGAUGUACUGCGGGGCGGACGGCGAGUGGCUGGUGCCCAUUGGGAAUUGCCUGUGUAACCCCGGAUACGAUGAGCGCAAUGCAGAAUGCCAAGCCUGCAAGAUCGGUUACUUCCGCGCUCUGGCCACCGACGGCUCCUGCGCCAAGUGUCCGCUCCACAGCUACUCCGUCAGGGAGGGCUCCACCUCCUGCGUCUGCGACAAGGGGUACUUCCGCUCGGAAACCGACCCGGCCUCCAUGCCCUGCACCCGCCCUCCGUCGGCGCCCGCCCACCUCAUCUCCAACGUGAACGAGACCUCGGUGAACCUGGAGUGGAGCCCGCCCCUCGCCUCGGGGGGGCGCCUGGACCUGACGUACAACGUGGUGUGCAAGCGCUGCGGGCCCGACGGCCGGCGCUGCCAGGCCUGCGGCAACGGCGUCCACUUCAGCCCUCAGCAGCUGAGCCUGAAGGGGACCAAGGUGUCCAUCAACGAGCUGCAGGCCCACACCAACUACACCUUCGAGGUGUGGGCGGUGAACGGGGUGUCGCCUCAGAGCCCCGGCCCGGAACAGGCCGUGUCCGUGACCGUCACCACCAACCAGGCCGCUCCCUCCCCGGUGACGUCCAUCCAGGCGAAGGAUAUCACAAGACACACCAUCUCACUGGCCUGGCACCCGCCGGAUAGAGCCAACGGGGUCAUCCUGGAGUACGAGGUCAAGUACUAUGAGAAGGACCAAAACGAAAGAAGCUACCGGAUCAUAAAAACCUCGUUGAGGAACACCGACAUCAAGAGCCUGACGCCGCUGACCUCCUACGUCUUCCACGUGCGCGCGCGUACGGCGGCCGGCUACGGGGAAUUCAGCGGCCCGUUUGAGUUCAUGACCAACUCCGUUCCAGCUCCCAUCAUCGGCGACGGGGCAAACUCCACGGUGUUACUGGUGUCAGUGGUGGGCAGCGUGGUCCUCCUCAUCAUCCUCAUCAGCGCUUUCGUCAUCAGCCGCAGAAGGAGUAAAUACAGCAAAGCCAAGCAGGACUCAGACGAGGAGAAGCACCUGCAUCAAGGAGUGCGGAUAUACGUCGACCCCUUCACCUACGAGGACCCAAACCAAGCCGUCCGGGAGUUCGCCAAAGAGAUCGACGCCUCCUGCAUCAAGAUCGAGAAAGUCAUUGGCAUCGGGGAGUUCGGCGAGGUCUGCAGCGGCCGCCUGAAGAUGCCGGGCAAGCGGGAGAUCUGCGUGGCCAUCAAGACGCUGAAGGCCGGCUACACCGACAAGCAGAGGAGGGACUUCCUGUCCGAGGCCAGCAUCAUGGGCCAGUUCGACCACCCCAACAUCAUUCACCUGGAGGGCGUGGUGACCAAAUGUAAGCCAGUGAUGAUUAUCACGGAGUACAUGGAGAACGGAUCGCUGGACGCAUUCCUGAGGAAGAACGACGGGCGCUUCACGGUGAUCCAGCUGGUCGGCAUCCUGCGGGGAAUCGCUUCGGGCAUGAAGUACCUGUCGGACAUGAGCUACGUGCACCGCGACCUGGCGGCUCGCAACAUCCUGGUCAACAGCAACCUGGUGUGCAAGGUGUCCGACUUCGGCAUGUCCCGAGUCCUGGAGGACGACCCCGAGGCCGCGUACACCACCAGGGGGGGGAAGAUCCCCAUCCGCUGGACGGCGCCGGAGGCCAUCGCCUACAGGAAGUUCACCUCGGCCAGCGACGUGUGGAGCUACGGCAUCGUCAUGUGGGAGGUGAUGUCAUACGGCGAGCGGCCGUACUGGGACAUGAGCAACCAAGACGUGAUCAAGGCUAUUGACGAGGGCUACCGGCUGCCCCCCCCCAUGGACUGCCCCGUGGCGCUGCACCAGCUCAUGCUGGACUGCUGGCAGAGAGAGCGGGCCGACCGGCCCAAGUUCGGGCAGAUCGUCAACAUGCUGGACAAGCUGAUCCGCAACCCCAACACCCUGAAGAGGACCGGGGGGGACGCCACUGUCCGGCCCAACACCACCCUGCUGGAGCCGGGCAGCCCCGAGGCGGCGUCGGCGGUGGGCACGGUGGAGGACUGGCUGCAGGCCAUCGGCAUGGAGAGAUACAGCGACAACUUCACCGGCGCCGGCUACACCACCCCGGAGGCCGUGGUCCACAUGACACAGGAGGACAUGGCUCGCAUCGGCAUCACCAUGGCGGCGCACCAGAACAAGAUCCUGACCGGCGUCCAGGGAAUGCUGUCCCAAAUGCAACAGAUCCAAGGCAGAAUGGUUCCCGUCUGAGAGAUUCAAACCGAGGAGCAAAAAAAAAGGAAAUGGAAGCAAAGCGACUUUGUUUCUUAUUAAAAAAAAAUUAUAUAAACCAACAAAAAAGAUUAAGUAUAAAAAAAGAGACACAUAAACUAUGAAGAAGUAGUUUACUUCCAUGCACUUUAAAAUGGAUCUUAAAAGCUGUUGAUGAAGAA